AUGAAGAAAACAAUCAAUGCCCGUGGUGCUAAAACGGUUUGGGUCAAGUGCGCGGGGUCUUCAAAAGAACGGGCAACUGUGAUGCUGUUGGGGGACUCGAACGGGGUCAAGCACACACCGUUCGUCGUGUUCAUGAUGAAGCCAUCCAAGAACAAGGCCAACAACGAGAAGCGCUGUGGGUUCGGUGUUCGGACGUGGCCGGAAAUCAAGCGCAUCAAAGAGAAAACAGGACUGCAAAUUUACACGAACGAAAAAGGUGGGCUCAUCCUGUGA